AUGUUCAAUUACCGCCUUCGUCACGUCCCUGGAACCCGAUUAGCUCCUAUCGGUAGUAAAGAAGACCGACACUCAGUAGUACCCCCACUAGCGGAGAAACCCUCCCCAGUACCCUCAUACCUCACUCCUACUACUGCAUCAACGAGCAGAAGUGUAAUAACUCCUACACCGCGCACAUCACCACUCCAGUUAACCACCAAACCCCUGCCUAGUGAGUUAACAGACACUAGUCCUACCCUCAGAGCCAGUAAUUUCUCAGGAGUCUUUGACUCACCUAACCCAAUCACCACCACCGGUCCAGAAGAAGAGCAACACCCAACUUCUGAGUCAUCAGAAACCAAACCAGGACCUUCUAGGACAACAGUCGACCCCACUCCUCAAAAAGAACCUACUGACAGACACCUGAACAACCCAGAAGACGGAAACCCGGAACCUAGCGAUCAGGAAGAUGAAGAAGACAUGUCGGACAACAACAGCAGAGCAGUAAACAAACCCAACCAAUUUGAAGGAGACAAGGGAAAAAGUAAGGAAUUCCUGGACGAGUUAUACCUAUACUUCGAGGGGAACUCCAAGAAGAUCCAGACUGAUAAAGAUAAAGUCCAAUGCGCCCUCUCUUACAUCAAAGGACCUGCCCAAUUCUUUGUUCACACUAUCAUCACUGAUGCACAGGAACCCAUCUCGGAUGAUGAUAAUGCGCCACUUGCAGGACUACCCAGUUGGGUCAAAUUCAGGAAAUCCUUCAUUCAAACCUUUAGAGUCGAGGAGAACACCCAAGCAGCCUUAAAUGAGAUUAGCAAGUGCACCUGGGACAAGUGCGGAGGAAAUGGCCUUUGA